AUGUCAGCAAGCUGUGGGUCCAAGGCACUCUUGAACAUAGUCCUUGUUGGUGGGAGAAACUCAGGGAAGAGCUCAGUGGGGAACAUGAUCUUGGGUAGGGAGGAGUUUGUCACCAAAGAGAGAACUACAUGUUCCAGAAGACUAGGGGAGGUGGCAGGCUGGUGGGUGACCGUAGUGGACACCCCUGGCUGGUGGUGUGACUUCACUGCUCAAGACAGCCCAUGCCUAGUCAAGACAGAGAUAUCCCGAAGUAUCUCUCUGUGCCUUCCAGGACCUCAUGUUUUCCUGAUCGUUGUCAAGGCAAGUUCAGGGUUCUCCGAGAAGCGCCGCAGGGCUGUGGAGGAACAUCUCGCCCUCUUUGGCGAGAAGGUGUGGAGCCACUGUCUAGUCCUUUUCACCUCCAGUGACUGGUCAAACAACCCCACGGUGGAGCAGCACAUCACGACAGGGGGAAGGUGUCUUCAGUGGCUCAGGGAACAAUGCAGCCACAGGUAUCAUAGCGUCAACUUCAAAAGUCAACCUGGUGGUGCUCAGAUCAAAGAGCUGUUUGAGAAAAUGCAGAGACUGGUGGUAGAAAAUGGAAGAAGGCAUUUUGAAAUGGAGGGACCGAUGUUGCUGGUGGUGGAGGAAAGAAAGAGGAAAGUGGAGCGUUUGGCUCAAAAGAGAUUUAUGAUGAUGAAGAAACAGAGGACUCUUCACCAGGGGGAGUGUCAGCGUCUGUCUGAGGUUAGACUGGUGCUUCUGGGAGCCCGGGGAUCUGGGAAGAGCUCAACAGGAAACACAAUCAUGAGUGGAGGAGGAAGUUUCCAGAUCAGAAGAACAGCCCAGUGUGAGACAAGAUCCGGGAAUGUUUCCGGGAGACGUGUCUCUGUGGUGGACACACCAGGCUGGUGGAUGAAUUACUUCACUGAGGAUAGUCCUGCUUUCGACCAGCGUGAGGUGGUGCGGAGUGUCUCCAUGUGUCCCCCUGGACCCCACGCUCUGCUGCUUGUGGUACGGGUGGACAGGGCCUUUACAGAGACCUACAGGAGAGCUGUUCAGGAACACCUGGAACUCUUCACCGAGAAGCUCUGGGAUCACCUCAUGGUGGUUUUCAGCUUUGGGGAUUGGCUGGGAGAGACGACGAUUGAGCAGUACAUCGAAAGUGAGGGAGAGACCCUGCGGUGGCUAGUCGAGAAGUGUGGUAACAAGUAUCACAUUCUGAACAAUAAAAGCAAUGGAAAUGGAUUUCAGGUCACAGAACUGUUGCAAAAAAUUGAGGAGUUGGUGGCCGCCAACCACGGGGGUCAUUACGAGUUUGAGCGGGAGGUUUUGCAGGCGUUGAAAGAGAGGAUGGAGACAGAGGAGGAGAGAGCAGCGCAGAGACUGAUAAGGACGCAGACACAAAGGACCCACGCCAGGUCUUUACUGGGGGAGCUUCAUUUUCCCUCAGAGCUGAGACUAGUACUGAUGGGGGCCAAGAACGCUGGGAAAAGCUCAGCUGGCAACACCAUACUGGGCAGAGAGCAGUUUGAUGUGGGUCUCCAAACCACUGGCUGCGCUGAGGGCCACCGCCGUAUUAGGGGUCAAAGUGUGACCGUGUUAGAUACACCAGGCUGUCUGUCCGCCCGCCCUGACUUCCUACUGUCUUCUCCAGCCUACGGAGUAACAGUUGUCCUUGUAGUCGUCAACAUGAGCUCAUCGUUCACCUUGUCUCAUUGGAAAACCACAGAGAAACACCUUGAACAGUUUGGAGAGAGAGUACGUAGCCAAGCUAUAGUCGUGUUUACUUUCGGGGACUGGCUGGGGGACACGAUCAUUGAGCAGCGUAUCGAGAGUGAGGGGGAAGGUCUUCAGAGGCUUGUGGACUUGUGCAGGAACAGAUACCAUGUGCUGGACAAUAAGAACUGGGGAACCGGUGACCAAGUCAGAGAUCUUUUGAAUAAGAUACAUGAGAUGUUGGCGGAGGAGAGGCUGGAGGUUCUCCAGAGGGGAGAUCAGAUGAACCAGAGCAUCCCAGUGAUGCAAGACCCAUGUUCAGAGGUCCUCGCCCCUCCAGUGCAGUCAGAGGGGCACGUUUUGGGUGGCCAGGAGGUAGCCCUGGUUAGGGCCACAGGAGGGAUGUCUGGAGCCGAUCUUUCUAUCCUAGACACAGAGGGCUACCUGUCCAGCCUGGACUCUCUGCUCCAGGGAAGUGAGAGUCUGAGAUGGAGAACCACAGGCAGACACACCCUAAUAGUGAACCUCCCUGACUGGCACCAUGAUGUUUAUUCUCACCUCUACCUGAACAAGAACGGUCAAAUCCCAACGAGCCCAUUCUCACCAAGACAGCAGUCUCUUGUGGUGGUGAUGCCCAUGGAGAAGCUGCGAGCUGAAGACAAGAUGCUGUUGGAGAGGAACGAGGAUGUCGUGGACGUGCGCUCCUUGAUUCACCCUCGAUUCAGAGACAGGGCCAUCAGAGAGGUGGUCCAAUCUGGAGGUAUUCAGGGCCUUAUCGACCAGUGGGGGAACAGUAACCUGGAGGAACUGGAAUCCUUUAUUGACUCAUACUUUGAGAUGGUGUUGGAGGAGACCACGAAGUCUGUGAUAGCGGAAGACUGUGCCCCUGACGACUGCUCGGGGUGGUGCGACGCCGUCGAGGAACCUGAAGCGGAGGUCCUGUCAUCCAUCGACAAGAAGCUGUCCAAGUUGGACAUCCUGGAGGACAUGCAGCGAGACCUCCUGGAGCUGAAGCAGAGUCUGGAGAGGAGCUGGAAGAUCAUACAGCAGCUCUGUGACAGCAGGGCCCCAGCCCAGGAGCCUGCACUGCCCUCUCUUUCAGGAGAAGCAGCAAAGGGAAAGUAG